AUGUCUUUCAACGGCUAUGGAUGGUACCUGUCCGCCACGGCUGCCCUGCUAUAUUGCUCGUGGAUCGUGCACAAUGUCGUCGCAUGGAUGAAGAUCCGCCCGUUUUUCACCGACGCAAGGUCCAUGUUCAAACCAGAGACCGGUCUGUGGGUCAAACGAAUAUACCUCGUGACCCUCGCUUGUACCGCACCGCCCAUCAUCCUGCAAAUCUACGACAACUUCCGGUUCUUCAACAAUAUCAAUGACUUCUACAGACAUGUCCGGCCCUACGAGCCUUUGUUCAGAGAUCCUUGGUGGGUAUUCACAUGUGUGACUUUAUUUCACGUCAUUCGGAAAUGUUACGGAACGGGCGUCUUCGAAUUGAUCAAGCGAUCUCCUCGCUUCGGCAUUCUCCUCGUCGCCAUCUGUCUAUCCCUGAUCUUUACGGGCCUGGACAUUGUCGCGAGCAUCCAUAAUUUCAUCGGCUCCACUGACGGAAUCAACCCGUGGUGGAAGCUGUCACUCGUGUUCAAAUGCCUGACCGACACGAUCAUGCUGGAUGACUUCAAGACAGAGCUGAAACGUCUCGGCAUCAAAAGACUGCAACAAGACGAACUGCGCCGCAAGAGUCUCGCACUGGUCCUGGACGACAACAUGAAAGACGACGACGACGCCAAUCACCAACUAGAGUUCUCCGACGCCCUCAACGUCAACCCGGCCCGCUUCCACACCCUCGAGAGCACCGACACGAGUUCGACGAGCCGAAGCCCCCGCGGCCGACUGAGGCAGGAAUCCGUCAACGAAUCGCGGACCGAACUGAGAAACUACGCCGACCACUCUGCGGGGAAGAAGAAAAUCUCGCGACUCCCCGGCCUCAAAGACUUCAAGUUCGACUUCAAGAGCCGUGGCGCCAAGAAUAAGGCCAAAGCCGAUGACGAAGAGAAACAACGGCCACAGACUGGUCCUGACGACGAUACUCAACCUCCGCCGGCCGCGCCGGAUCGGCUGUCACAGAUGCGCAAGAGUCUCGGUGUCAUUGAUUAUCAUCCGAGAUGA